UCUCAGGUUGAUCGUGUGCAGCAAUGCUCCAUAGAUAACUUGCACAAAGAUCUUUACUUCCUGGACAAUGCACGUCCGAUCGAAGCACAAGAAUUCCUUGAUCGUCGCGAUAAUCUAGCCAAAGCUCUGCAUGUUUCUGGUGUGGACGGUUUCGUCCUCGAGCCAGGCUAUACGUUUCAGUACUAUGCCAAUAUCUCCCAGCCACAAUGGGAGCCGUGGGAGCCGGAAGAGCGACCCUUCUUGAUGAUUAUUCAACCCUCUGUCAAUGACUCUACUGGAAAAGUCAAAGCCAAGACUACCUUUCUCAGCCCACACUUCGAGGAAGGCAGAGUAAGAAUGCUCGGUAUACCUUCCGAUGGUGAACUCGAGAUUAUCGUCUGGGAAGAACAUUGGAAUCCCUACAGCACACUCAAGGAGGGUCUCUUCCCGGACAAGACGGCAACUCUGAUGGUUGACGAGGAAAUUCGAGAUUUUCUCGUGCGUGGGCUUGACGCCAAUGGACUUAAGACGGUUGGCCUUGGUGGCGAAGUAGAGGCUGUGCGACAAACUAAGACACCUGCCGAGGUCGAACUACUGAGAGCUGUCAAUACAGGAACUAUCGAAGGCAUUAGGGCAAUGCGACCAUGUCUGGAGCCUGGGUUGACCGAAAACCAAGUCAUCCAAAUUCUGGACAACACUCUGAAAACCAUUGGGUUCGACCUCUUCUUCGACAUCGUCUUGUUUGACAGCAAUGCAGCGCUUCCACACGGUGGUUUCGCUACUGGCGAUAAGAUUCUUACUCAUGAGACGAUGGUGUUAAUCGAUGCUGGCUAUCACUAUUUGGGUUACUCAUCUGAUGUUUGCCGAAGCUUCUUCAUUGAUCCUCCAAAGAACUCUCUCCUUCGCCAACUGCUGCGUCUACCGACACUAAAGAUUCAAAAUCAGGAGCUUCAUGCCGAGAAAUUGAAGGUCUGGGACAUUGUCUUGCAAGCUCAGACAGAAGCUGGCAAGAUGUUCGUGCCCAACGGGACAGCAGCCAGCGUCGACAUUGCAGCCAGAAAGGUCAUCGACGACGCUGGCUACAAAGGGACAUUCACCCAUCGUCUUGGCCAUGGCAUUGGAAUCAAAGCGCACGAAUCACCUUACCUCAAUAAAGGAAACCAUGAAACUCUGUUGCGUGCGGGGAUGACGUUCACAGCCGAGCCAGGUAUUUACCUUGAGAACAAGUUCGGCGUUAGACAUGAGGACAUCUAUCUUGUCAAGGAAAACGGACACGCUGAAGUGAUCAGUGGGAAGCGUGCCGUUUCGCCUUACGAGCCUUGA